UUUAAAACACGGAUUUGUCCAAAUUCGGCUUCCGUCCCCUCUCGCGCACGGAAAGGUUUUGAUUGGCCGUCUCGUUUUAGCGCCACAUGGACGUUGUAAACAUCAGUGCGUUGGACCCGCAGUCCCCGCUGGCAUCGUCUCACCUGUGACUCUGGUGUCUGCGGGUGGACCAGGAUGUCUCUGCGGCUGCUGUCAGUGGACCCAUCGGACCGCGGCUCUCAGAGAUGCCGGCUAGGUCCACGCUUGAUGUCAGCGCUGGGUCUGAGUCUGGGCUCCCCCCUGCUGGUGUCUGUCCCCGGGGGAAGCUGCCUGUGCACCGCGUGGCCCCGGCCUGACCUGGCGGAGGGCUUCCUGCAGCUGGACCUGAAGUGUUCCUCUCCCGGUCUCAUCUCUCACCCACCAGCACAUCUCACUCUGGACCCGACCCAGCUCACACCUGUACCCUGCCCCAAACUGAAAAGCGUGAAGGUCACUGUGGUGGUCCAGAGUGUUGAGUUUAAGAAACACACCGCUUCUCGACAGGUUCAUGAGCUCGUGAAGGACAUGCUGAAAGGUGUGUGCCUGCACGAGAAACACCUGAUAGACCUGGAGAAUUUUGACACAGAGAUCAGAUACGUUGUUGUUGAAAGCGUCAGUGUGGAUUCUGGGUCUUCCGGAAUCAUCACCUCAAAAACUGGUGUGGAGAUAAGCGGCAUCCGGACAGUCCGGCACUACAGGAGUCAGCUGCAGGACCAGGACUCGGUCCCACUGGGGGGUCUGGAGGAGGUGAGUGCAUCCCUGAGAGAGAUGCUGCAGGUGCCCCUCCUCUAUCCAGGCACCCUGAGCUCUCUGGGUGUGUUGUGUCCCAGAGGCGUGCUCCUGGUGGGGCCUCCAGGUGUGGGGAAGACCCAGCUGGUCCGCAGAGUGGUGGGAGAAGUUGGAGCCAGCCUGGUGGUGGUGAGAGGGCCCGAGGUGGUGGGAUCGCGGCCGGGUGAGAGCGAGGAGAAGCUGCGUGCUGUGUUUGAGCGGGCUCGGUCUGCGGCUGAGGAGGGUCCCUGCGUGCUGUUCUUAGAUGAGCUGGACUCUCUUUGUCCGAGGAGAACCGGCUCGUCGGCACCAGAGGACCGCCUGGUCGCUCAACUUCUCACGUUGAUGGAUGGGAUCAAUCAGUCCGAUCGCUUCCUCGUCGUUGGCGCCACCAACCGUCCGGAUAGCCUCGACCCAGCCCUGCGAAGGCCUGGGAGAUUUGACAGAGAGGUUAUCAUCGGAGCUCCCACCCUGCAGCAGAGGAAGGCCAUCUUGUCGGUCCUGUUAGAGAGGAUGCCUGUUUGUCAGAGUGUUGACAUUGCAGAGCUCGCCCAGAGAACCACAGGAUAUGUAGGAGCGGACCUGAGUGCCCUGUGCAGGGAGGCUGCCAUGCACGCUAUACGGGAGAAGUCCAAGGGUUCAGGAGAGCAGCUGGUAGCUGGGAAGCACUUUCAGGAGGCCCUGAAGUCGGUGCGUCCCUCCUGCCUGCGGAGCAGCCUGGGCAGGACGGAGCUCUCUCUGGUGACUUGGGAGCAAAUAGGAGGCCUGGAUGACGUCAAACUCAAACUAAGACAGAGUAUCGAGUGGCCGAUGAGAUACCCUGAGGCAUUUGUUCGUCUGGGUCUGAGUCAGCCUCGUGGUGUUCUGCUCUACGGACCUCCAGGAUGUGCAAAGACGACGCUCGUCAAGGCUGCAGCCAACUCGUCUCACUGCGCCUUCCUGUCUGUCAGCGGUGCUGACCUCUACUCUCCCUUUGUCGGAGACUCAGAGAAGGCUUUAGCGCAGCUGUUUUCCCAGGCUCGGGCAUGUGUCCCCUGUCUCCUGUUCCUCGAUGAGAUCGACUCUCUGAUUGGCGCCCGGUCAAACAGUCAUGGAGCUAACAGCGUACAGACACGCCUCCUGUCUGUGCUGCUGAAUGAGAUGGAUGGGGUUGGUCUGAAGACGCUGGAGAGGAGAGGAACGGAGAAGAUCCUGCAGGCGGAGGGAGAGGAAGAGGCUCACACACAGGAGCAGGUGGACUUCCAGGAGGUGUGCAACAACGAUGUGAUGGUUGUAGCCGCGACAAACAGACCCGACUGCUUAGACAGUGCCCUCCUCAGACCUGGCAGGCUGGACCACAUCAUAUACGUGCCGCCACCUGACCAGCAGGCUCGUCUUUGCAUCCUGAAGGCGUGUACAGAAUCGAUGCCCCUGGGUGCUGACGUGUGUCUGGAGGAGCUGGCCUCAAAGACGGAGCUUUACUCCGGAGCUGACCUGGAAAAUCUGUGUAAAGAGGCUGCUCUGUUGGCACUACAAGAGGAGAACAUGGAGGCUUCUUCUAUCAAACACACGUACUUCCUCCGGUCCCUCGGAAAAAUGAGCCCCUCUCUCACUGCCCAGCAGAUCCACGCAUAUCAAACAUGUCCCAGAUGACAAGCAGCAUGUCCUCUGCGUUCAUGAAAUGUGUUAUCAUUAUUAUUAUUAUUAUUAUUAUUAUUACACACAAAUAUUUUUAAAUAAAAUGAGUAAAACUUC